CGUCUUUCGCGUAUCCCGAAGAACCACCUGCCUGGGACCCAAGAACCGCAGGCAUCCAUCCAUCCACCCCAAUUGAUAAAAAACAGCACAGCGAUAAAGGAAAAUAAGAAGAAACCCCUCCUCUACGUUCCGCAAUCGCCAGCAAUUGUGGCUACCAGGUGCCUCUUCCGGUCCAUCGCAUCGAGCGCGUCCUGCCGAUCGCUCCUAGUCAGAAUGGCGCCGAAGCAGGCCACGCUGGGGAAGUUCUUCAGCCGACCGAACGGCUCCAAGCCCGCGCCCGCGCCCGCGCCGCUGCAGCAACAGACGAAGCUCUCGUUCGCGACGAAGCCGAGCACCGAGAAGAAGGCCGCGGCGAGUUCCGAUGGCGAGGAGGCAGAGUCGCCGGUGAGGAAGGCCAACGGCGGCGGCGCGGAGGAGAAUGCCAGUCCUGGCCGCGGUGGAGACAGCAAGAAGCGGCCCAGGGCGACCACGGCCGCAACGAAGAAGGCUUCCAGGGCGGUGGGCGGAAAAGAAACGCCCGGCAAGGAGGAGGUAGAGGACGAGGACGGGCCGGUUACCAAGCGGCCUAGGAAGGCGCGGAAGGUCAUCGAGGAGGAUGAGGAGGACGACGAGGAGGUCAUGGAGGAUAGACCGGCCGUUGUAAAGCCCGAACCCAAGAAGGCCGCGAAGCCCAGGGCCGGGUCCUCCUCCCCGAGAUCGAAGAAGAAAUCGAGGAGUCCGGAGCCGGUCGCGCCCAAGGAGGAGAAGGACGAGGAAACCGCGUCGGAGUCGGCCUCUGCGGCGGAGGAGGAGGAGGCUGAGGAGGAAGACGACGAGGACGAGAAGCCCGAGAUCGUGGCCAAGGCGCGCAAGACGGUCCAGGCGGUGCUGAAGACGAAGGCCAAGGACCCAUUCCCCGACUGGAAACCUGGCGAGCCUGUUCCUUACGCGGCGCUGUGCCAGACCUUCUCUCUUAUCGAGCUGACCACCAAGAGGCUGGUGAUCAUGGAGCAUUGCUCCCUGUUCUUGCGCCAGGUGCUGAGGCUCACCCCGGACGACCUCCUGUCGACCGUGUUGCUCAUGAUCAACAAGCUUGCGCCCGACUACGCCGGCAUUGAGCUGGGCAUUGGCGAGUCUCUGAUCAUGAAGGCGAUCGGCGAGUCGACCGGCCGAAGCCUGGCCGUGAUCAAGCAGGACCAGAAGGAGAUCGGGGACCUCGGCCUGGUGGCUGUCAAGUCCAGGUCGACGCAGCCGACCAUGUUCAAGCCGAAGCCCCUGACCAUCCGGGGCGUCCACAAGGGCCUGAUGGGCAUCGCCACGGUCGCCGGGAACGGUGCCCAGGGCCGCAAGGUAGACGGGAUCAAGAAGCUGCUGUCCGCUGCCGACGCCGCGGGCGGCAAGGUGGACAUCACCAAGGACAAGGGUGGGCCGAGCGAGGCGAAGUACCUCAUCCGCUUCCUGGAGGGCAAGCUGAGGUUGGGGCUGGCCGAGAGGACGGUCCUUGUGUCGCUCUCUCAGGCUAUGAUCUGUCACGAGGCAGAGAGGGAUGGCAAGGUGCCGAGUACGAGUGAGAUGGAGAAGGCAGAGUCCAUUUUGAAGGAGGUGUAUAGCGAGUUGCCGAGCUACGACGUGAUCAUUCCGGCCAUGGUCGAGCAUGGCAUCAUGAACUUGCAGGAACAUUGCAAGCUCCAGCCCGGUGUGCCGCUGAAGCCCAUGCUGGCCAAGCCGACCAAGGCCAUCACCGAAGUGCUCGACCGCUUCGAGGGCCAGACCUUCACUUGCGAGUACAAGUACGAUGGUGAGAGGGCGCAGAUCCACUACGUGGCCAAGGAUACAGAUGAAGAGCUCAGCCAGGCGAUGCCCGGCGCGACAAAAGAGGCGGCCAACGGCGUCGCUUCCAUAUUCUCGAGGAAUUCCGAAGAUCUCUCCAAGAAGUACCCCGACAUCCUGUCCAAGCUCCACACGUGGGUGGACAAGGAAACCACCAAGAGCUUCGUGCUGGACUGCGAGACGGUGGCGUGGGACAUGGUGGAGAAGAAGGUGCUGCCCUUCCAGCAGCUCAUGACGCGGAAGAAGAAAGACGUCAAGGUCGAGGACGUCAAGGUCAAGGUGUGCGUGUUCGCGUUCGACCUCCUGUACCUCAACGGGGAGCCCGUCGUCAAGAAGCCCCUCCGCGAGCGCCGUGAGCUGCUCAGGAAGUCGUUCGUCCCCGUCGAGGGCGAGUUCGCCUUCGCGACCAGCAUGGACGGCCAGGAGCUCGAGGACAUUCAGACCUUCCUUGACGAGAGCGUCAAGGCCUCGUGCGAGGGGCUGAUGGUGAAGAUGUUGGAUGGCACGGAGAGCGGGUACGAGCCGAGCAAGAGGAGUAGGAAUUGGCUCAAGAUCAAGAAAGACUACCUCUCCGGCAUAGGCGAUUCUCUAGAUCUUGUCGUUCUGGGUGCCUACCACGGCAAGGGCAAGCGGACGUCGGUCUACGGCGCGUUCCUGCUGGCGUGCUACAACCCGUCCAGCGACAGCUACGAGACGGUGUGCAACAUCGGCACGGGGUUCAGCGAGGCGGUGCUGGAGGAGCUGCACGCGGCGCUGUCGCAGAUCGUCAUCGACCGGCCCAAGCCCUUCUACUCGCACAGCGGCGGCGGGCAGCACCAGCCCGACGUGUGGCUCGAGCCGCGGUUCGUGUGGGAGGUCAAGACGGCCGACCUGACGCUCAGCCCCCGGUACAAGGCCGGCUGCGGGGAGGGCGUCGACCCAACCGGCGCAGGCAAGGGGAUCAGCCUGCGGUUCCCGCGCUUCAUCAAGGUGCGCGACGAUAAGAAGCCCGAGGAGGCAACGUCGAGUAGGCAGGUGGCGGAGAUGUAUCGGAAGCAGGAGAGCGUGACUAAGAAUAAGGGGCCGGCGGUGGAUGAUGAUUUCGAGUAUUAAGGGGGAGAGGGGCAAGAUAUGUAUGUAUGUUGUUUAUGCCGAUGGGCUUUUGGGGGUUUUAUGCAAAAGAACCGGUUUGCCGUACCAUCUUGAGUGCCAUGACAAAAUAAGACUUGUGUCAUGAAAUGAUGCCCCGUAAACCAGAAACCGGGGCUGGGAAGUGGAGUAUUGUAUCUGGUUAAUGCACACCAGGCUUAGAUGUGCCAUCUAAUACCUAAAGAGAAGAAAGACUAUAGGGGCAAUAAACAAGAGGGUGCCUAUCAAUAAG